CUCAUACGCACCUGCUCCUGCUGAAACUGCACCCUCUCCAUCCUGAACGAGCUCUACGGCGGAGGGGAAUAAAUGAGGAAUAAAUGGGCGGGUUGGGCAAGCAGUCUGAGUGCAAAAGAAUGCAAACUUCGGCCGCCCGAAAGCGGCAGUGCCACGUGGGUGUGGCAACUCUAAUAGCUGGCAGUGCCGGUCCACCGAAAGCAGACACCACACACCCUUUGGCCGUCCUCUCCGAUCUGCAUGCUGCACCUGCGAGGCUGCACUGUCCCGAAAAUAAUCCCAGGUCCUUUCAUUUCGCCCUCGACGCUGCGUUGCACGGAGAUCAAUCUACCACUCGCGGAGAUCAUCGAUUCAAGACAGCCAGGCUCCGAAUAAUCCGAUGGCUAAUCUCGCGAACGCCAACGGCCACCGCACUCAGCAAACAACGAUGCCUCCCAAGGCCCACCGCGCUGCAGGCGGCCUCGUCCGCACCCACUCCAGGACCUCCUCGGGCGGCGGCUCCAGAGUCGGCCUCAGCGAGCUGCGCUUGACACAGAAGGAGCAGCCUCCAAGAUACCCAGACAAACCCAAGAAGAACGGGCAUCCGCACCACGAGGGACCUGCCAAAAAUCUCCCAAGAACGAACAGUGGCAUCCGGGUGCACUCGCGAGAACAUGUAAACGUCAACCAGACUGCCAGGCGUGCCCCGACACCCUUGAAGAACAACGUGUCAGAUACGAAGCAGAAGGCAGGUUUCACGAUAUCGAGCCCCUCGGAAGAAGGCGACGAGGAUGGGUGGGUGUCGAGCGAGAGCGGAGCUGCUACACCGAGAGACGACUCUGAUGAUGUCGACGAGGAGGUGGUCACACCAAUAGAGAAGCAGCCAAAGCCUAAACUGCCACCAAAUGCGAUUCCCAACGGAUUUGUGAAGGACGAUCACCCUACCCCCCGCGCAGAUUUCCAGACCCUGCCACGCAUAGACACCGUCAAGCUGGCCGAUGGUCUCGUGCCAGGCCCGCCACCAACAUCGCGCGACUAUGCGCCCGCCCCGCCAUUCCCCGCUCAACCACCCGCACAGUCUAACUUUGCGCCUGCUGUUGCACUUGGAUUUGCGCCACAGCCACCUACUUCGCCCGCUUUUUCGCCAGAACCUGCCUCUACCGUUCACGCGGCAUCACCUCCUCCACCACAAUCGAUCCCGCCUGUCACGAAAGCCCGCUCUGAGACCCACUCGCCACCACGUCGCUCGCCGAGCACGUGCACACGCUCGAUGACCCGCCCACCAUCCACGCAUUCGAUCUCCAGCUCGUCCCAGCACCACUUGCGGCCGCACCCGCUCAUCCGCGCUCAUUCCAUCGGCUAUGGCGCCCAUGCGGGCCCGGCGAAACCAGCGCCUCUCGCGCCGCUCACGUCCUCCGAGCAGAUCCCCGCCGAGAUACCCACGUCGUCGCCGACGAGCUACCGUGCGGUUUCGCCCACGCUGAGCAUGCACACGGGCACUGCCUCGCCCGUCCUCUCGCAGCCGUCGCCCACGGACUCGGAGGCGUCCCGGCGGCUGCGCAGGACGUCGCUUACCUCGCGGAGCUCCGGGGGCUCGCUUCCGCCGGGGCCGCCGGCGGUGCUGCCGCUGCAGGGCUCGGCGAGCCACGCCCACCUCGGCCGCACCGCGACGCAGCACGACCGCCAGCGCACGCUGUCGUCCGCGUCGACGUUCGCGGCGCUGUCGAGCCUCAACCUCGGCAUGCGCGCGACGCCGUCGCCGCCCAAGACCCCGCUCCAGCACGUCGCGGUGCACUUCCCGCCCGCCGACCAGCACCGCCACCAGCACCACCACGGCGCGCACGCCGAGCACGUGCACCCGCUCCUGCCGCCGCCGUACAACCUCGCGCACCUGACGCUGCUCGCGUACCGGAAUCCGCUGGCGGAGUCGUACGAGCGCGUCGUGCGCGCGAAGCAGGCGCGGUAGGACGGGUGUGAGGUGAGAGCGGGUGGGGCGGUGGCCGAUUAUGUGUAUAGACUGGUGCGUUCUACCGUCUUGGCGUCGAUAGCGCUGCGAUCAGCUAUCGCAGAUCUUCUUGGCCAGGUGUCGGCUGCACGUCGUCGCUGUUGUUGUUGAAUAUUGGACUAGAGCCUCUUGCUUCUCGCUCUGCCGUCUCUUCCAUAGUCUCUUCUUCAUCCCCAUGUACUUCUAACACAGCAUUGUUUGCUCUCGCGAUAGUCCAAUCUGAACUCUGUACAAAUACCUCUUGUUGACACCGUCGCUGAUUGUCAGCCGCAGCCGCGCGUAUCGACAGUCCCGAAGGUCAAAGCGAG